GUUGCAUUGUGCUUGAGCAAGAAGUGCAUUCGCGAAUUCGCAACUCAUUCCGGUCGCCACUUCUGGGUCGCUAAGCACCAGCGCUGCAUCGACAGCACGUCCAAUAGAUUUUAGACCUCGAGGACGCGCACAGCGACGUCGCGCGAUAUCGGCGAUUACCAAUCAGCCCUCGCUUGAAGCAGCGUAGAAUCAAGAAUGUCAUCGAUCUCCGAUAACCAGUGUCUGAAGCAGAUUGCGAUGAACUUCGGCGUGGGUGCGACGCUGGGCGCGUCCGUCGGGGCGGUGUACGGGACAGUGGACGCCUUCCGUUUCAAGAUCCCGGGGCUGCUCAAGAUCCGGCACAUCGGCAAGACGACCGUCAGCACGGGCGCGAUCUUUGGCACCUUCCUGGCUGCCGGCGCACUGCUGCACUGCGGGAAACACUAGGCUGCGGGCAAACUGGCCGGACGACGACCCGAGCGGCCCCGCGGCACUAGGCGGCGCAGGAUGGCACUGGGUGACGCAGGGCGGCGGCGGCGGCGGCGGCGGCGUACAGGAGUGGAGGGCGGGAGGCCGACGAUGGAGGGCGGAGUGGGAGAGCAGAGCGCCGAGGGAGCAGUGCGACCUGUGCACUGGCCUGUCGCGGCAACAGGGGCUGAAGGGGGCACUCGAAUGCACGUGUGGGUGCCUGGCGGAGGUGCAGCGCCGCGCAGGUCGCACGUGGGCGCAGGCGGGGACCCCACGAGCACGGGGGUGCGGUCGGAACCAGCCGAUCGCACAAACCGUAGCUGCAGGCGUGCUGGAGCACCAGGAUCCGGAGUGCUGCCGGCGGGGGCGGCGGCACUGCGCAGCAAGCAUCGAGCGGCGCGCAGCAGGGGGAGCGGCAGCAUGAUGGAUGCACGGUAGCGGGCGCGCAUGCCGCGGUCGGGUGAGGUGUGGUGGUUGAGCGAAGUUGUGUUGGGCUCUGAGUUCGGUGCCGCGGCCCGCGGCGUGGGGGGUAGCGGCGUGGCGGGGCAGGUUGGUGGCUGUGCAAGCCGAACAUGGGCACAGCUCUGCUGCGAGUGUGGGUGUGCGAUGGGACAGUGGUAAGGCAGGUUGGUGAAGUCCCGUAGGGUGCAGCUGAUGCCCAGAACCGAGCAGAUGGCAAACAAUUUGCAACGGCAGGGCAGGAGCGCGAGUGUGGGUGUGGGUGUGCGCGCCAGAGUUGGAACAGCCGGUAUGCGUGCAUCAAUGGGCUGGCGUGUCGCAAAGUUUGCAACACGUGCGUACACAGUAAUCCACAUGGGCAAAUGCAGUACAGCAUAGGGGCGAAAGUCUAGGCGUUGUGUCUCUGGCAGGGGCGCAUGCCGGCGGCAGGGGGGCAAUGGCACGGCAUUUAGUACUUGUCGGUGCUCGACAGGAUGCAGGCGGCCUUGGUGUGUUGCCAGACCAGGGUCUAUGAAGUUUAGGCUUGGCUUGGCACGUGCGGUCGUGUUGCAUUCGGGGGCCCAGUAUGGAGCGAGGGACGGCGACGGAGGCUGCAUGCAUGGGGUCUGUGCAUGGGGCUUGCGUCGAAGUCUGUUGCA